AUGUCUGUUCUGGCCUCGACAGUGCUUCAACGUGGGAAAGGCAUUCAAGUGGGCGAGAGGAAGAAUAUCUGGCACUCGGUUCACGUCCACGAUCUCAGUGAGGUUUAUCUGGCGCAAGUGGAAGCGGCGGUGGCUAGUGCUGAAGCCGCGACUUGGGGUAAAGAACGGUAUUAUCUAGUUGAGAACGGCCACUUUGUCUGGGGAGAGGCGCAAUUAGCUAUUGCGAGGGUUGAAUAUGAGAAGGGCAUGAUCGAGACAUGCAAGCUCGAUGUGCUAGACUUUGAACAAACAGCCUGGGAGCAUAUGAAGGGGCCAUAUCGAUGGGAUCGAACUCAAGGGGUGAUGCAAUUCACGUGA